AUAAAAGCAUCAGAUUUUUAUUUUAUUUUUCAAAAUUCCAAAGGUGAAAAAAUCUAUUUCCCGCCAUUUAAACGGACCUCAUAAACGGAGAGGUGCUGACGAUGACGUCGGUGAAGGUGAGUUCUAAAAAUGAAAGAGGGAAGAAAGCACAUGGACGCGAGCAGCUGAAAUCAAUAAACCAACGGACUGAUGCUGAAAUAUCGGGAUUACCGUCUGGCUGUCGAUACGGAGCUUCGCGCGCUCUAUGUUUAAGGACCGCCUCGCAGGCGACGGGACACUGGUCAAUACGAUCCAAAAGUCACGGAAAUCUUUGUGCAACGAGAGUUUCCACGCGUGGAAAUGAUCCGAGAGGGGGAAUAAUCCGAGAGAGAAACAAAGAGAGGGAGAGAGAUCACUGAUGAUGAUGGUGGCCUAGGAACAUCAGGAAUUCCUCGCUCCGCUCGACUGGAUCUUUAAGGCGAUGAGGGAUUUUACGCAUUGCCAAGAAAACGGGCUCGCUUUCCUCCGCCGCGCAACGCGGCUUUACUUUUGACUCUGAGGAGAAUGCAUUGAAGUCGCAUGCAGUCUGAGAGUCUCUGACUCACGAGAAAAGGAACGGCGGCUCUGCGCAUUAAUGCGUGUGUGCGCGAGCGCGUACGCGUGCUCUCCCGUGACCGAUGGCACUGGAAUCCGUGCGUAACGGCUAUGUGCGCACUUGUGUCACUCCCACGGAGCAGGACUGCUGGCACUCGCGCUUGGGUCUCGUGUGGAGCCGAAGGAGCCUCUCAUCGGCCGCGUGCGUCGCCUCGCUGUCCGUGCUGCUCGCGCUGCUCGCCGCGGACUGGGACGCGGAGCGCGCGUGUCACUUGGUGACGCUCGCAGAACUCGUGUGGCAGCUGCUCUCCCCCGUCUUCACGCUCGUGUGUGCCUUCUUUUGGGUGGGCGUGUAUCUGCUCCGCUGCGGGGUGCUCAUCCGCACCGCUGUGUUCCUGCUCACCGUGUGCCAUCUGGGCGAAGCGGCGGCGCAGUCGCUGUUGGAUGCGCAGCAGCUGUACUCGUUCACCGCCACCGCGCUGGUGCUGCUCGCCUGCCUGGCCAGCGGCGCGCUCAUGGUGGUGCGUCUGGGUCAGGGCAUCUCCGUGCUCCUCUUCAUCAGCAUCAUCAGGACCGUAUCGCUGCUGUCUCUGCAGAAGGUGCGCGCCAGCUGGAGACCCUACCUGGCGUACCUGCUCGGGGUGCUGGGGGUCCUGCUGGCGAGGUAUGCGGACAGGCUGCUGCCGCCGGAGCAGGGUGCAUCACACCGGGAGGGAACGAGGGGAGAUAUUCCGGUAUUUAAGAGGCGCAGGAGGUCCAGCUCCGUAGUCUCGUCAGACAUGGCACAGCACGGCCAGCCCAGGAGCAAACCUCACAGGAGGACGUCGCUGCCCUGCUUGCAGAGAGACCAGAUGCUCCCACAGCAAGAAUGGGACCACAAAAGAGGCGCCCGAGGAUCUCAGCCAUCUGGCCUAAUGCAAUCUUCGGGCACCAGCGUGACGGUGGACAUCGCGGUGAUGGGCGAGGCCCACGGACUGAUCUCAGAUCUGCUGGCUGACCCCUCCCUCCCGCCGAACACCUGCAGCACCCUGCGGGCCGUCAGUAACCUGCUCAGCACCCAGUUCACCUUCCAGCCGCUGCACCACCGGCCGCGCCUGAGCCCCCUGCUGGCCUUCAGCGACGGACACGCCUGCUCCGACUCGGAGGAGGUGCCGGAGAAAGGAGAGAGGCUGGCCAUCCCGAAGCGUUUGAGGCGGAGUUUGCCUCCGGGGCUUUUGAGACGCAUUUCUUCCACGUGGACCACCACCACCUCAGCCACGGGUCUGCCCACCCUCGAACCCGGGCCGGUCAGACGGGACCGCAGUGCCAGCAUCAAAGCACCUCACGAUGGCCCUUCCAGCAGUUUGGUGAACAGUGAUUCAUGGAACAACUCCCUUUCCAAGAGCAGAUCUGUGUCCUCCUCCACCACCAACCACAUCUAUAGCAAGAGCAGAAGAGCAGGUUACCCUUCUUCCAACAUCUCACCUCUGGCUUCACCCUGCACCUCUCCUCCAGUCCAGGGCACUCCGCUCACCAGCCCCACUAAUAAAAGUCCUUCGGUGGAGCUGCCGGACCCUGAGCUUCCUCCGCCUCGGAGCCCACACAAAGCCUUAACCCACAGUCAGAGCGCCCCCAGCUCCAGCACCUCACAAUGGGUGCCCCCUUCACUUUGUAGCAGCUGUGGAAGACCGUACAGUAAACUGAGACACGGGGACGGAUCCGUAGACGCAGGAGACCGAACACAACAGUCAGACGAGCCGCUGAUGAUGUCGUCAGACUAUGAGACCAACCACAGUGACAGCAGCAACUUUGCACAGAACGAGGAGGACGGAGAGGGUCACAGGAUGACCUCUCUCAUCCCACCAGAGGAUAAGCCCAUCCUGGCCCCGGAGCCGCUGGUGAUGGAGGGCCUGGAGCCCCUCAUGAGUCAGAUCAACAACUGGAACUUCCCCAUCUUCAGUCUGGUGGAGAAGACCAACGGCAGAUGCGGCUGCAUCCUCAGCCAGGUGUCUUACCGGUUGUUUGUGGAUACGGGACUCUUCAAAACGUUCAAGAUCCCGGUGAGGGAGUUCAUGAACUACUUCCACGCUCUGGAGAACGGAUACAGGGACAUCCCAUAUCACAACAGGAUCCAUGCCACAGACGUCCUGCAUGCGGUGUGGUACCUCACGAGUCAGCCUGUGCCUGGUUUACCUUCACUCACAUCUCUGAGAGACUCGGACUCUGACGGUGGACUCGCUCUCGGCCGCACAAGCUUCCUGAUGUCCAGGACGUAUCCUGCAGAGGACGAGGGUUACGGCUCUCUGUCCGGCCUCAUCCCUGCUCUGGAGCUGAUGGCGCUCUACGUAGCAGCCGCCAUGCAUGACUACGACCAUCCCGGCAGGACCAACGCGUUCCUGGUGGCCACCAGCGCUCCUCAGGCUGUUCUUUAUAAUGACCGCUCGGUGCUGGAGAACCAUCACGCAGCGUCUGCCUGGAAUCUGUUCAUGUCGCGGCCCGAGUACAACUUCCUGGCCAGUCUGGACCACAUGGACUUCAAACGCUUUCGCUUCCUGGUCAUCGAGGCCAUCCUGGCCACCGACCUCAAGAAACACUUCGACUUUCUGGCUGAGUUCAACGCCAAGGUGGGAGAUGAUGGAUGCUCGGGCAUCGAUUGGACGAACGAGAACGAUCGUCUGCUGGUCUGUCAGAUGUGUAUUAAGUUAGCGGAUAUAAACGGUCCGCUGAAAAGCAAGGAGCUUCAUUUGCAGUGGACCGAAGGCAUCGUCAAUGAGUUUUAUGAACAGGGUGAUGAGGAGUCCAGUUUGGGCCUUCCCAUCAGCCCCUUCAUGGACCGCUCAGCACCGCAGUUGGCCAAACUGCAGGAGUCCUUCAUCACACACAUCGUGGGGCCUCUCUGCAGCUCUUACGAUUCAGCCGCCCUCAUGCCCGGUCACUGGGUCGACCCUCUGCCCAAAGAGGACGAGGAUGCUGAGGAAGAGACGGAUGAAGAGGAGGAGGAAGACACGCCGGAGGAAGACACCUCCACCAGCUCCGAACUUUCCCAGAAACCAGCACCCAAGAAACGACGGAAAGUGUUCUGCCAGAUCACCCAUCACCUGCUGGAGAACCACGAGAUGUGGAAGAAGGUCAUCGCUGAAGAGUCCCAAAGCCAGACAGAAGGGGAGGAGUCCACAUGUCUCACUAGCACCCCUGAGCCAAUCCUAGCCAUCGAUGAGGAGGAGGAGGAGCCAGGGAGCAAGGAGGAGCCUGCAGAUGACCAGGAGGAGGAGGAAGAGGAGGAGGAGGAGAGUCCUAUACCUGACGAGACACACGAAACAGAGGAAACAGAUGGCGAGACUGUAGAGGAAGCAGACGAGACUGUAGAAGACCACGCAGAUUUUAUUGGAAAACGAGAGGAAGACGAGAAAGAGGAUCCGGAAUGAAUGACGUCGUCUUAAAGUGUUUCAUCGGCAAGGGAGACUUCUAAGAAACGGUUGCCAGCACAUCACUUAGACACAACACUGUAGAUGCUUGGGGAACAUGUGCCUAAAGGAAACAGGGUGGGACGGGGUGGUUCGGGAGGAAGGGUUUGACUAACAAUGAGCAGGCGGUGAACUUUUGAGGUUUGAUGUUAAAAUUGACCAGGACAAAAAGUUCUGCAGGGGGUUUCCUAUAUUUUCUAGACUUAUGUUGGUCGGUUUUGCAAGUCCUUUUCCAGCUGCACCUUAACCCCCAAAACUACGACAGGGGUCCCAGUGACCUGAAGUUUUGCAGGCUCAACAAGCAUUUCCGAGGAGCUCAGUGUCAAAGUUGGGGAAACGAGAAACCAAUCCACCAUGACUCUCACCGUUUGGCGUAUCCCAUCACUCCAGAGACUGCAUGCGUUUGGGAAAAGAUAACACUUUGUGUGUUUGCGUGUCUGUUUCGCCAUUGCUCUUUCUUUUUUCCUUUCAUCACUACAGCAGACGCUUGCUCCACUGUCUCAUUUCCGAAGGCGUCGAGCCGAAUGCUUGUCAUUCCCUUCCCUCACCUUUUUCCCUCGGUAUUCCACGAGCUGAGAUUUUGCGUUUCUCAGGAUCAGACUGUUUUCAGAUAACUGUACAAUGAGUCAUAGGUUUUUACAGACUUCCUUGCAGCUUUCUAAUCUUUUGGAUCUUGAUUUGUGGACAAAGGGAAUCUUUUUUUGUUGUUUUUAAAACUGUAACUUCUUCAAAACGCCAAUGGCCUUUUAGCCCAAUCGUUGUUUUACCAGGUGAUUUGAUAUAUAUAUAUAUAUAUAUAUAUAUAUAUAUAUAUAUAUAUAUACACAAAUGCAUACGCGUGCAAUAGUACAUCGUGUCAUCCCUAGUCAUCAAACAUGGUUCCGUCCGAAACUUUAGACGCUCAUAUUCUCCCUUUUUCUGUUCUUGCAUUUAAGCUAAGUUUGAGAGCCAAGUGAAGCAAGUUUGGCUGAUCAAAGGCGCAAACUGGGACGAUGGGAAGGCCUCAGGCUCCUGCGUUCCCCCGCAGUCGUAUGUUCUCCCUCCGAACAAGGCUGUGGUUAUGCUUCACAGUCAUCUCACGCAGCUGCUGCUGUGGUAAUGCAGGAGCUCCUCAGCCCAAGGGAUGAAACGGCGAACACCGUCCCUCUCACAUGAGAGCAUGUGCAGCACAUGAGAUACACGCACCGGUCGACACGGCUGUCCGUGCUCGCCUUUGAUGUGCCGCAGAUGAAACACUUCUGCAGGCUUAAUCACCUCCAGUCCGAUGUAUAAUCGGACACCUUCAGUCGCUUUGAAGGAGAGCCAAUUAAAAAUGCCUUGGUAGGAUGUGACGGUCACGUGCUCCCCUUCGAACGCAAUGCAGUGUAAGCCUUAAUAUUACCAGGCAAUGUAGUCCGGCAAAUUAUUUAAGCAAUACAGUGGUAGCUUUUCCAAUUGCACUUUCUUUUGGUUACGCUCAAGUGUGCGUGUGCCAAAUAUGACUUCAGAUCCAUUCUCCCCAAAGUAUAAAACCCCAUCAGGAGCGUGUGUGUUUUUAUUUGUACAUGGCCCCAAUUGUAGAGGGUAUAUUAUAUUUCUGCAUUAGGCCUUAGAUUUGUAACCCCAGGCUGGAGAUAUUAACCCUUUGGUGCAUGAGUUAUUAAAUCAUAAAUUUAAAUAGUCUUAAUGUUUUUAUCACCUUUUUAUCUCCAAUUUUUCAUGUAAAUUCCCAGUCUGAUAAUGCAUUUUAGAUCGUUGCUGUCCACUGCAAUAAAAGAUAGUAAUGUGGUGCAUCACUUUUGUUUUCCAUUUUGAAUUUAAGACGCCAUAAUAAGCAUAUAAAAAGGAUUGUUGCAGUGAAUUGUUGAUAAGGGUAAAGAUUAUCAACUUAAAAAUGGAUCAGGUAGUGGACAUCAUACAUCAAAGUGUUAAAUUAUACAGUUGUCUCCACUGUGUAUUUCCCAAAACAAAAUCAACUUAUCAUAACCUAAAAUCAAAUCCUGAAGAAUGAAAUCCCCUUAAAUGCAUCACAAAAUCACUCUAACCUAGGCCAGAGAUAUGAACCCUUUACCAAAUCACAAAUAAAAAGUAUUUUAUUACCUUUUUAAAACAAAAAGACAACUUUAAUUCCCUUUUUUCCCCAAAAUAACACAUUUUGGUAGUGUUACUGUCCAUUGCAAUAAGAGAUAGUAGUUGCUACACUUUUGCUUGCCAUUUUAUGCUGCCAUAAUGAAACAUAUAAUUUAAAGGGAUUGUCGCAAUGAAUUAUGGGAAAGGGUCAGAGGUUAUCACCUUAAUAUGGCUUUUAAAGCUCUGUUAACUGUAGUGGACAUCAUGCAUCAAACUGUUAAAUCAUACAGUUGUCUUAUAUUUCCCAAAACAAAAUGACCCUAUCAAAACCUACAAUUAAAUCCCAUGGAAUAAAAUCACCCUAAACACAUUCUCAAAUCAAUAUACCCCAGGCCAGAGAUAUUAACCCUUUGGUGUAUGAAGUACUAAAGUCCUUUUUAAAAAAUAAAAAUAUCUAUAUUAAUUCCGAGACCUUUUUUUCCAAGAAUAAUGCAUUUUAAAGCGUUACUGUCCUCCGCAAUAAAAGAUGGUAGUCGUUACUUGGUACAUCACUUUUUGCCAUUUUUAAUUUAUGUUGCCGUAAUAAAACAUAUAAAAAAGAUUGUCACAAUUAAUUAUAGAGAAGGGUCAAAGGGUAUCACCCUAAAAAAAUGGCUUUUUAAGAUCUGUAGUAGACAACAUGCACAUGUUCAGUGUUAAAAUAACAUUAUAACCUACAAUCAAAUCCUGAGGAAUAAUAUGCCUCUAAAUAAAUGAUUUCACUGACAAUUAUGUCACGCUACGGAAGAAUCUAUUAUGCAAUCUAGCUCCGCCCCUUUCAUCUUACUGAUGCCCAGAUUACUUUCACUAUAUUGGGGAAAUUGAUGUCAUUACUAGUGAUUAGCAUAAGAGCAGUGGGGACACGUGGCGAGUCGACAUGGAUUGGGAAUGACCUCACUGCGAGCGAGUCUUUGACGAUCAAAGGUCAUCGGCUCUGAUGUCUUUAUCAAAGACGCCCAGAUUUACUUCCACCCAGACAGUAUUCAGAAAAUCUGUGGAAUCAGCCAGUGAAUCCUACACGUUUGAUGCGCUCGUGCGUGUGUGUUGGCAUGGCCCUGUCCUCCACGUGCCUCCCAUCGGUCGCCUGAUUCCACGAAUCUUGAGAAACCGUUUCGGACGUGUUCAUAAUGGCACUUUCACUAAAUGCAUCCUUUAUAUACAUUGCAGACGCCCUUGGGAGUGAAAUCAAUUUGGCUCAAAUACCUGGGGAAAUGCAUGAUGACCUGAUAGAUACUGUAGAUUGUGUGUGAAGUUUAGUCUGAUCCUUCCAGAUCUUUGUGAUUGACAGCUGACGGUUUUGAUUAGCAUGUCAGGUUCAGCGGAUGUCGACUCGAGAGACAUAAAGAGGGUUACACGUCACAUGAGAAGCUGAUCUUUUUACAUGUUUCCUUUGUAUUUCCCGUUCACCGCUCGGUCCUUCAUCUUCAGCUGUACGCGUCUGAUAACCGUGUCCACUCGUUUCCUUCACCUCGAGAACCAAACAAGCUUUACACCUCUCUGAGAACGAAACGAGACUUGUAGUUUUUAUAUAUAUAUAUAUAUAUACAGUCGGCACUUCACUGACGAAAUAAUUAUUUUUCUUUUCACUUGUAUCUUGCACUUAACACAUGUAGCAAUACCUAUAGAAAGGGGAACUUUGUAAAUCACCAGUAUUCGUAAAGUGAAAUAUUCAUUUUAUCGCUGAUUGUUGUUCCAUUUUGUACAAAACGAUAUUGUGUACAGGUUAAAAAUUAAACGAAACAAAAACAAAGCCAAAAAAAAAAAAAAACAAGGGACGAAAAAGAUGAAGACGACAACAGAAGUCUUUUAGAUAAAUAUUAUUUAUUUUUACUGUUUUGUAAUUUAGACACUAUACUGUAGCUCCUCUAUUGCCAGAUUUACUGGAAGUGCCUCUUGGUAUAAUGUAACAUACAGAAAAUAUAUAUUGAGAUUAUUAGAACCUGUCACAAGCUGAACAUUGUGGAUGUUGUAAUGUGAAUACAGUUUAAUAAUACGAGUGAAGUACUGUGGUA